AGCUGCUCAAAAAUUCAUCGAAACCGUGUUUCGAUCCCAAGGCCUUCUCAAGUCCUUAUCAGCGACAACGCUGUCAUCUUUUCGUCCAGAUUCUGGAACGCGCUCAGGCUUCAAGAUGCUCAACGUUCACGUGAAGCAUUCGUCGCCUUUUAUGCCUCAAAGCAACGGUCGACCCGAGCGUAUGAACUCCGUCGUCCUCGAAGCUCUUCGUAUCUACACCACGCAGUAUCCUCGAGCCGAUUGGGAUAGCCCUUUCGAAGUCAUGUUCGGCAAACCUAUCAGGACACAACUUUCUCUGCCUUCACCUGACGAUCAUCAGGACGAGACCCUCGACUCCAUUCGUGAAGCAACCGAAGUCAGCGCCGAAGCUGCCCGAGCUGCUCUCGAAGCUGCAGCGCGUGCCACCGAAGCUCGCCUUGCGCAAGUCCGUCGUCCCUGCCGCUAUCAAGUUGGAGAUCUGGUUUGGCUCUCAACCGCCAACCUCAACAUCCCCGACGCCGCCUCGGAAGCUCAACCCUCGCUUCGUUGGUCCCUUCC